UCCAGCUGGGUCACACAAAGCUCACACGCUGCACUCUGCUCCCUUGUGCAGCAGUUCUUUGGCAAGCAUGGCUUCCCGGAUUCGGACGUUCCAAAAUACGGCACAGUCGGUGGCAGCGAGACGUACAAUGCCGCGAUCCCAACAUCUCGGUCUGAGGGAAAGGAGCGCAUUGUCUGCUGCUGCUGCUUUCAACGCGAUGCGCGACCGUCCUCCGUUCGACGUUUGCAAUUUUAUCGACGGCGAGGCGAGGGAAAGCGCCACGACGAGCUGGAUCGACAUCAACAGCCCGGCCAAUCAAGCCCCCGUGUGCAGGGUGCCCCGUAGCACCAGUGCGGAGAUGGAGGCUGCGGUUUCGUCGUCAAAGGAGGCGUUUUCUACUUGGAGGCACGUGCCCGUUCAGCACCGCUCACGAGUGAUGUUCAAGCUCCAGGGGUUGAUAAGGGAAAGAACGGAGGAACUCGCUGCUAGCAUCACGUUGGAGCAAGGGAAAACUCUAGCCGACGCGCGGGGCGACGUGUUUCGAGGGCUGGAGGUGGUGGAACAAGCGUGUGGGGUCGGGGCGGCAAUGAUGGGAGAAACCCUUGGCGGGGUGGCGGCAGGGAUGGACACGUACUCGUACCGCGAGCCGCUAGGCGUUUGCGCCGGAAUCUGUCCUUUUAAUUUCCCGGCGAUGAUCCCGUUGUGGAUGUUCCCUCUCGCGAUAGCCGCCGGAAACACGUUCGUGAUGAAACCGUCAGAGAAGUGUCCCGGGGCCGCGAUGAAGCUCGCUUCGAUGGCUUCGGAGGCUGGCCUACCGGACGGCGUUUUGAACGUGAUCCACGGGGGCCACGAGGCCGUCGACUUCGUAUGCGACUCCCCGGACAUCAAAGCCAUUUCCUUUGUGGGGGGAAAUCAGGACCAGUUCGCGGGGACGGUGAUUGCCACUGUUGGUCCCGGGUGGGAGGAAGGUGUGGAUGUGGGCCCGAUGAUAGCCAGGGAGGCGAGGGAGAGGGCCGAGCGCCUCGUGCAGGAAUCGCAAGAUGCUGGCGCCGACAUUUUGCUUGACGGAAGGGGCGUCGCGGUAGACGGGUACGAGAGCGGGAACUUCGUUGGUCCAACCAUCCUCUCCGGGAAACAGGUCGGGCCAGGCAUGUCGGCGUACGACUCAGAGGUGUUCGGGCCGGUCUUGUGCCUGGUGACCGUGGAAACCCUCGAGGAGGCCAUCGGGCUGGUCAACUCCUGCAGAUACGGCAACGGGACGUCGAUCUUCACGAGAUCGGGGGCAGCAGCAAGGAGAUUCCAACGCGACGUUCACGCCGGCCAGGUGGGGAUCAACGUCCCGGUGCCCGUACCGCUGCCUUUCUUUAGCUUCACCGGGUCCGGUGCUUCGUUCCGCGGCGACAUCAACUUCUACGGAAAACAGGCAAGGGUGGAGUAUGGAUCAAGUGAACUUGCAAGACGAGCUUGUAGCUUUAGUCUUGAAGGAGUGCACUUCUACACCCGCGUCAAGACCGUCACGUCGUCGUGGCCGUACGACAAAGACGGAGACGGAGACGGAGACGGGUCGUCCAAGAAAUCACACGGAGUCUCCACGGCGAUGCCAACGCACAGCUAGAGCUCCCGCAGCAGCAGUAGCAGCAGCAGCAGUAGCAGCAGCAGCAGGCUAGCCAAGCACAUCGUGGCAACAACGCUCCUCUAGAAUUGUGAUUGGGGGCGGGGGGGCACCGGUAAUUGAAGUAGCGGUCUGCCGGUCAUUGAACCCCUCCCGCUGUGUUGCUUGGUGCGAGAACCACAUCACCACCGCUUGCGGAUGCUUUCCGUGUGUGUAUUAGUCGGCCAUGCAAAAGUUCUUGGCAAACUGACUGAUAGAUUUUGAAGGGUUUUUUUCAUUGAAAGGGUAUGAUGUUUGAUGAGACCCCCAGCUGGAAGCGAUCCUCGAGGCGUUGCGAUACUGCUGUUGCCAACAUCGUUUUUCUGUGGGAGUCGUCGCGAUGGACGAUUCGGUUGUGGGCCGCAAUCAAGGACAACCAGCAGUAUUUGUCUCGAUAUGUUGCCUUCGCUGAGCGGCCGGCUAGCUCGCCCAUCAACUCGGCCACCACUGGCAUGCAUGCGUGAUUCUGGCGUUUGGUGGUCCUGUUAUGUAGCGGUUUCCUUCCUGUAGGCCAGCAGCUGUGCCGUUGUUUACUUGCCUACGGACAGCCAGCCCCAGACAAUUUAGCUAGAGUAGGCCGCAGUGAUGAGUUCGUUCGCCCGGUGCAUGGCCGGUGAAAUCGUACGACACGGACGGAACAUCCAAGCUUGUUGUCUGCUACCCUGAUAAUACCGAGUGCUCCGGAAAAGGCCGGCCAAAGGCAUUGUGUGGCCUGGUAUGUAUCCAUACGAGGGCCACAAUUGGCUGUACGUCAUCAUCGGAAACUGUGCGAUUGAUGGUAUGCAUGCACACCACCCCAUGCUGUCUUCUUCUCUUGUGUAGUGUAUAAUCAUUCCUCCUGCUGAGUGACCCCCGCCUGGUGCGCUGACCACAUGCCGCACGGUGUAGCCUGGUUGCCCAGCACAGAUUGAAGUCGAAACCACACACACUUCAUCAACAACUGCAGUCACAAAUAACGUCACAAUCAUCAUUGCAAGGGAUCGGUCAGAUUUCCGCGCGAGGCUACACCUAUCCGUCCCCGCUUUGCCGGACUUUGUGAUGGAGAGAUAGCUUUUGAGCCACAAAAGCGUCGUCUCCCAUCUGUUCGCCCGGCGGCACGUAUGGGAGAGAGAUUGAGUCCACAACCUCUUCUCCAUUCUCUUCGCCCCCCCCAGAGUGUGAUCCAAAGCCAGCCACCGCCCAUCCAACGCCAGCUGCCCACUCCCACCUCGCUCAUUUGUCAACCUGAGCUACGCAAGUGUUAUCACCGCUACACAAGCGCCAAGCCAAAACCUACACAAGAGACAUGCGUCUCAAAACAAAACCAUCGCAAUGAAGGAAAUAUAGGUGUCGCACAUUCAAGCACGUAUGCGUGCAUGAGCGAAACAUUCCUCCUACCCUAAUAAUCUAUCCAUUCAUCUCGCGCUCCUCCUCCUCCUCCUCCUCCUCCUCCUCCUCCUCCUCCUCCUACGCACUGAAAACGCCAUCAGGUGUCCUGGUCAACCAGACGUCGUUUUGUCAGAGCCUCGUUUGUCGAUUCAUUACAUUGCCGUGUUCAGCCUACACGAAAAAACGACAAACAUACAUGCCUCGCCGCCCUGGGACUAAGCAGAGCCCGUCCGUGCAACCACCCACGGCGUUCAACGAUCGGCUGAUCCAGCAGAGGUGCAGUAGGUGCUGUCAACCCUAGUCGACAAAAAUAACUCCACACCCCACAAAAAACAAAAACAAAAACCUACAGCGGCCCUAAGCCGCACAAAGAGAGGCGAAACCUACAACCCUUUUGAGUUAUCUGACAGACAAAACCAUUCCUUUUUUUCCAGCACAAAGACAAUCAAAUCAACUCUUGCACAGAAAAAAACAUUUUCUGGCUUCGACUCCUGCACCUUGUUUUUUGAAUAUGCGUAAAUGUUGUCGGUGGGCCCUGAGGUCGGCCCGAGCUAACCGUAGUCCAGCUAGCACACGGAAGGACAGAGGAGGAGCCGAUCGAUCGACGGCCCAACGCUCGACAGCCACCUUCGCUGAGAAAGACCCUACUGUAGCUUGACAACUGCGACAAUGGACUUGAAUCCUGGAUGUAUAUUUCCGCGAUUUUCACGGACAGCGUAGACACAACUAUCACGUUCGACCUGAAACCAAACUAAAAAGCACGCCAAUCCUAACGUAACUCCACAGAAUACAACGAAGAGUACUACAGGUACAAACAAAGUCCACGACCCCAAUAACAGCUCGCACAAGGGCUGCAGCAGCAGAGAGGUGCCAGAGGACAACAGCCUAGCUCACGGCAUUGUUUACUGUGUGCCUUUCCUACAAUGCACAACCAAUCUUAGCAGACACUGUAGGCCAGCCACAAGAAAGGCACACCCCCUAUCACUCGGACACGCUCCCAGACCGAGAAAAAACAGAUUCCGGGAAGGUUCUCUGCGAAAAAAAACAUCCCAUCCUUAUAUCCCCAGCUCAACGAAACGCAAAACAUUAUUUUCUUUAUCCUGGUCCGUGUAUGUUGUACCGAACUUGAGCGAGCCACACCGCGCGCGGUCAGCGUGCUCUGUUUCCCGACGCAUCCUCUCUUCCAAGCCCACGCCAUCAGAAGACGCAUUCAGCCAGCUGAGCCGAACGCCGCAGCGGUCUCCACACACACCCUACUAGUUAGUUUACCAGAGACAAAAGUACAUCUACCAGCAUACAAUACGGACGAAGUCGGGAUUGAUGCCACUCCACUACUCUCUGACCGUCAACACAGUUCAUCCGUUUUUCGUUUUAUUACUCAACUCUUUCUCGCGAGACUGCUGUCAAAAUAUUAAUUCUUCAUAUUGUUAUUGGUGGUUUUCUCAAUUGUUUCGCGCUUUUCGCGAGAUGGUCUCAACCACCUCCUCUCUGCUUCUGCCUGGUACCUCCACCUAGCCUCUUUCUUUCUCUCCGUCUCGUCAAAGUUGUUUUUUCAAAGCCUUCAAAUCCCCCGCCCCCCC